AAUUCUUGUGGGCGGAGACGGGAUUCCGGUUCCGGGUGUUGUCAUAUUUCGUUCGGAGGCGUUUUGUUCCUCUGAUUAUGCUCUUAUAUCAGAAAGUUGGUGCGAUUGACGACUAAUCACAGAAAAGUACAUUAAUCUAGGAGAGCCCGUCGACGCCGCGAACAUGACGACCCGCUCAGAGAGAGAGAAGGCCCAAAAACUCAACGAGCAGCAUCAGGCCAUCCUGUCCAAAAUGCUGAGAGAGGACGACAACAAAUACUGCGCCGACUGCGAGGCGAAAGGUCCAAGAUGGGCAUCUUGGAAUCUAGGAGUCUUCAUCUGCAUCCGGUGUGCUGGCAUCCACAGGAAUCUGGGUGUACACAUAUCCCGUGUCAAAUCAGUCAACCUGGACCAAUGGACCUCAGAACAAAUUCAGAGUAUACAGGAUAUGGGUAACACCAAGGCCAGGCAGCUUUACGAGGCCAACCUUCCAGAAAGCUUCAGAAGGCCUCAGACAGACCAAGCAGUGGAAUUCUUCAUCAGGGACAAAUACGAGAAGAAGAAAUACUACAGCAAGAAUGUGACCAACGGAGGCAGUCCGAAAGAAAAGGAGAGUAAGAGAGAGAAGGAGUCGGACAGAGGGAGCCAGCUGUCAUCCUAUACCACGAGCGAAGAGAGCAGGCCUGUCCCCAAAAUUAGCCCUGCAAAUACUUCAGAACCCUCUGUCAACCUCCUAGGCCUCGACGCACCGGCAGCUGCAUCAACUAACAAUGGUAGCACUAGCACAACUCAGAACAACAAUGACCUGGAUAUAUUCGGUCCCAUGGUAUCCAACCCCCUCCCCACAUCUGCAGCUCAGUUUUCUCAGGUGAGCUCCAGUAACGCUGCCAGCACCCCAACACAAGCUCCAGCAGGAGGGGGUGCCGCCUCAGGGUCAUGCCAGGCAGAGCUGGACCUGUUCAGUGACAGUAGCAGCAGCACUAAAGGCGAUGACAUGGCCAAGAAGCCCCUGUCCAAGGACUCCAUCCUGUCCCUCUAUGGAACUAGCAGUAUGUCCCAGCAGGCCCCCGCUGCUGGCAUAUUCAUGGGCCCCUCCCAGAUGCAGUUCCCUGUCCAAGCAACCGCCGGCUAUCAGGCCUUCCCUGGCAUGGGAACGACCAUGCCUCCCACCACCGUCAUGGGUGCCAUGAUGGCUCAGAGUGGGGCAGCUAUGAUGGCACCCAAUGCAGGCAUGAUGGUUGGGAUGACUAUGCCCAACGGCUUUAUGGGGAAUGCCCCCGCCACUGGCGUGAUGGGCAUGGCCCCCAGGAUGAUGGGACCACAGGGUGGCACGAUGCCUGCAGGCAUGGUUCCUGCUCAGGGCAUGUACGCCAUCCCACCUGCACAGCAAACCCAGUGGAACAUGAGUCAGAUGAACCAGCAGAUGUCAGGGAUCACUCUGAACGGUCCUGGGGGGCAGAUGGCCUUUGGGCAGCCUCCCUCGGCUAUGGGAGGUUGGGCUGCCACGGCAUCUGGCCAGACUCUCAGCACGCAGCUAUGGAAGUGAGCCUUUCAGGGGGUCAUUGAUCGGGCAGAGUAAAAGAGUAGGGGCUGCAAGGGGUGCAAAACAAAUUUUGUGCAUCUCUUCACCUCGCUAUGAACUGAUGCCCGUUUGCAGCAUUGCUGACCCUUCAGAACAUGAAAAUUGUUUCUCUUUCUUUCUCUCCCUCUCUCUGUCUCUCUUUCUCUCUAUUGUGUGAGUGAAUUGGGAGUCAUACAGGAUUACAGCCUGGCAGUUUCUGCCUGUCAUAUGGUUUUUGAUCAUAACUUUUAUUUUCCUUUUUUGGAAAAAAACAAACAUAAGUAAACAAAGUCCCAACAAAAACGACAACUUCAACAACAUAUCAAAAGCUGCAGGACCAGUUACACAAGCUUUUAUUGUAUCAUUGUAUCAUUAUGAGAUUAUAGAAAAUUUAAAAGAAUAGUAUUUAAAGGGAGAAGACAUGGCUAUUAUGUCUGUCAGUACUGCUCCCAGAUGUACAGUGCUGUAUAACCUUCUUUUAAAGUACUUGUGGUUGCCCUAUAAAAUAAAAGUGAUAAUUCCAUUA